AUGCUUGGUAACUCUGGUAAACAACUGUUGUCAAGCAACCGCUGCGUCCUCAACCAGUCCAGCAGGUGGCGCAAACGCAUCACGUGUCACAGAAAACAGCACGUGAAGAAAGUUCAGCUCACCGUUUCAACAGCAAUGUCCAUGAUGAUGGUGCAGGUGGAUGUGAUGUGCUGUAAAUCAGUAGGAACUGAUCUGUCUAUGCUGGAUAUUGAUGAUUUGAUGACAGAAAUCUGUCAGCUGAAGAAAGAGGUGAAGUUACUGGAGACAAAACUCAGAGAGAGAGACCAACUCAACAGAAAGGAUGUAUGUGGUGUUUCUCUCUGUGAUCAAACAUCUCCAGAUCUUCUGCUUUCUGUCUGUAAUGAAGAGCAGAAGACAUCAGUGAAGCUGCUGGACUGUGAGAUGGAGCUGAAAACACAAAUCAAAGAAGAACAGACAGAUGAAGAUGAUGUGUUUUAUUCAGACCUGAUGAAGGUGAAGGAGGAAAGUUCAGAACCGAAUGAAAUGGAGGAGAAAGACCAUCAUCUCAUAACUGGAGAAGAAUCUGUGACCUGCUUGAAGACUGAGAAGAAUGAAGACAACAAUUCUCACAUGUGCCCUCAGUGUGGAAAGAUCUUCACAUAUAAAUCCAAUCUUAACAGGCACAUGAGAAUUCACACUAGAGAACGCCCUUACAGAUGUGACCAGUGUGGAUUGACCGUAAAUCGUGAAUACAACCUUAACAGGCACAUGAAAAUUCACACUGGAGAAAAAUCUUACAGAUGUGACCAGUGUGGAAAGAUCUUCGUUCGUAAAGACCACCUUAAAGAGCACAUGAAAGUUCACACUGGAGAAAAAUCUUAUAAAUGUGAUCAGUGUGGAAAAAUCUUCAAUCGUAAAGACCACCUUAAUGAGCACAUAAGAGUUCACACUGGAGAAAAGCCUUACAGAUGUGAUCAGUGUGGAAAGAGAUUUUCGUGGGCAACGUCUUGGAGAGAUCAUCUUCUAUAUCAUUCUGGAGUGAGAUCAUUUCAGUGUGAACAGUGCAGUAAAACAUUCUUUUCUGCAAAUAACCUGAAACAACACAUGAAGAAUCAUACAGGCGUGAAGCCUCAUGUCUGUUCCAUCUGUGGAAAGACCUUCUCAAAACUCUCCAACCUUAAAAAUCACAAGAAGAAAACACACACAGGAGUGGGAUCUCAUAUGUGCUCUGAACAGAAAUCUCACCCGUGCUACUCAUGUGGACAGAGUUUUCAGAAAUCAAGACGUCUUGAGAUUCACAUGAAGAAGUGUUGCAAAGUUCAUCCACAUGAAACUGUUCAGACCAGAAGAUCCCUGAGAUCAUCAGUAACUUGUUCAAAUUACAAGUGAUGGAGUUUGUGUUUGACCUUCACACUGAAUGUUUUUUGUCAAAGAGUGUAACAAUUUAGCAAAAAGGUGCACUCCGAAAAUUUCUGGGCUGUUUUCAACUCAUAUAAAGGUUGAAUAAAGGUUUGUAAAGUUUUGGGAUCUUGUAUGUAUUGCAAAAACGUUUUAUGUUAAUAUACUGACCAGGGGCCCGUUUCAAUAAGGAGGUUUAACCAACACAGAGUUGAUUUACACCGAGAUGCGAAACUUUUGAGUUUUUGGUUUCAGAACAUUUGAUUUGAGUUAGUUCAAUCAACUCUGGGUAGACUGACCAUGGGUUUAGCGCUUGCGCCACAACUAUGACAAGCCAUGAUCAAUGGAGCUCCAAUAUGACAAUUCACCAUGGCAACGGCACCAAAAAAAGCAACAUGGAGGCAGAAAGCGCUUGAGAGCGAGGUGCACUUUCCGCUCAGCAUCUGCAGAAAAUGACUUGUUUAAAUUAAUAAAUAGAUAAAUGUACCAAUAAACAAACAAAUCAAUUAGUAAAUGAAUGAAACAACAGAAAUAAUAAUAAAUCUCAUGUUCUCACUCCCCUUCAGUGCUCUGGUGAUGAGUGUGAGAUGUCAUGGUGUCUAGGACACUUGUUAGGGUGUCAGACUGUCAUGUCAAAAUCAGGCUAAUCAGCGGUUCGAGCCCUGCUCUGAGCAGAUUUGGGUAGGAAUGGCUACACAUCUACAGUAAAUGAAUUGUUUAUACCUUUAUCGCUGUGUUUGUAUUUAUUAAUUUCUUUAUUCGUGCACAUUAUUAAGUAAUUUCUCAUCCUCCAUAGAAAACUACCACUUGUGAGAACAUGUAAAGGAAAGAAUGUGCUCUGAUGUAAUACACGGCCACGAUGGCUGAUGUUAUUGAUGUAAGGAUGGAUGAGAUAUAUUUUUAUAUAUCUAAUUCACUUUAAAGAAAAAUGGUACAGUUUUAAUAAAAAUGCACAAGGAAAUGACAAAAUUCCACUCGGGUCCUAAAUUGCUCUCCUGAAAUCAAAGUACAUCCCUUUGAAUGAAUGCAGCCUCUUCAUGAAUCCUCUGUAAAAGCUCAUAUGACAUAAGUCAGUGAGAUGGUCUCUGUGUGAUCAACAUGUGUGCCAUGAAUGAAUGAAUGAGUUACACCACUUGCGCUUUGAAAGGGGGAGGAGAUGGAAAGAAACUCUGGGUUAACCAAAGAAAACCUGCUCCCGACCAGGUUAGGUUCACAAAGUAAGUUACUAUGGUUACUGACUCUCAGUAUAAGUUACCUCUCUUUUAGAAACGGGCUUGAGUUACCCCGCUCUCUCGGGUUUGACAUACCUCACAUUCUGAAACAGAAAACCUAGAGUUUCCCUCACUACAGGGUUAAUAUACUCAGAGUUUUCUCUAAACCUCCUUUCUGAAACGGGCCCUGGGUUUCUUGAAUUACUUUGAUUUAAAGUGUUGGAACCAGAGACCAAUGAAUUACAGGUUUGUGCCGUUUUGGGAUCUAACUACAUUUAAAGUCAAACUUGUAAGGUAUAUUUUUUGUAUAUAUGGUAUACUUUCGUGUAUACGUGGCAUGUUUUCAUAUAAGCACAAUAAA